AUGUGGCCCAAUGAAGCGAAAAAAUGUGAUUUUAUUAAAAAGUACUACAUUUUGUUCGGUAUUUUAUUAUCUAUUACUGCUAUUAUGGCCGAUUUUAUACUACAGUUUUACGAUGAUGACUUUUCUUUCACAAGCCUAGUUGACUCUCUGAUAGGACUGAGUGCCCUGCUGAGCGUAAUCUACAUAUCCGUAUGCUUCAUAGUUAAAGACCAGGAAAUAAAGAGAUUGACUGAAAACUUGAAGAUAUUUGAAGAGUAUAUCCCGAAGGUUAAAAUUGAAGAAACCGAGGAUAAGGCGAAAUUCCACACAAAAAUUUUCAUAAUCUACGGAAUCAUGGGGAAUAUUAUUUAUGAUUGCUUGCCCUUACUGACGUACGAAGAUUGCCACAAGAAUAGGUCUAAACAUAUGAUCAAGUACGGAAUACCGUGUGGUGGCAUUGUCCAUUACGUUUUGCCGUAUAAGCAGGAUACUUUCCCUUUGGCAGAAAUUACGAUAGUAAACCAGAUGCUUAUCAGCACCGUGGGCACUCUUAUUGUAAUGACGGUCACCAUGCUUGUUUGUGGAAUCUUGAUACAUGUAUCAGCAAAUUUAAAAUAUCUCAGAAGUAUGAUUUCAAACUUAACGUACACACCAAAUAAUCGAAUAAUGCAACACGUCAAUUCUUGUGUCAAAUACCAUACUAUGAUUUGCGAUUUUGCAGGUCGAAUUAAUGAAGCUUUUAGUACCAUGAUGCUAGUUCACAUAACUUGGACCAGUUUCAUAAUAAGCGUGCUAGGAUUUGAAAUUAUUAUGGACACAAAUUAUUCUAAUUCUAUCAGGUUCUCUCUGCACUUGGGAGGGUGGUUGGGAAUGCUAUUUUUGAUUUGUUUCUAUGGACAAAUUUUGAUGGAUGACAGUUUCGCUGUUUCCGAAGCACUAUAUGAAGCAGAGUGGUACGAAAAGCCACCUAUUGUUAGGAAGUCUCUUGUUUUAAUUUUGUUGAGGUCCCAGAGACCAUUGGUAUUGAAAGCCGCUGGUGUAAACGUCAUGUCGUUAGCCACGUUCUUAGGGGUUUUAUAUAAUGCUUACUCCUACUUCACUUUGCUACUAAAAAUUAAACCAUAACUGGAAGGUAGUACCUAUUACUUGCAUACAUAAAUCUCUUAUGCCACUCAAACUAUGUAAAUUGCCACAUAUAUUUAUCCCAAAUAAAUAAUUAAAUAUACUGUAAUAAAAAAUUUAUGGAUUUUGUCAUUGUGUAGUUAGAAAAGUGUAAUUUACAUCAGUCGUUUGAAAAAUUCUCAAUAAAGACAAGAAACGUUCACAUUCAG